CCAGCAGCCCGGGGCCCGGAUCCAGGCCGACACCACUCCCACCCCCUCAACCAGCAGCCCGGGGCCCGCAUCCAGGCCGACACCACUCCCACCCCCUCAACCAGCAGCCCGGGGCCCGGAUCCAGGCCGACACCACUCCCACCCCCUCAACCAGCAGCCCGGGGCCCGGAUCCAGGCCGACACCACUCCCACCCCCUCAACCAGCAGCCCGGGGCCCGGAUCAGCCCGACACCACUCCCACCCCCUCAACCAGCAGCCCGGGGCCCGGAUCAGCCCGACACCACUCCCACCCCCUCAGCCCGACACUUUCCGACCCACAGCCAGAGGUCCGAGUCAGCUCGACCCCCUCCAGGGACCGGACCAGCCUACUGCCCGAGACCCGAUUAACUUCAGUCCUGGGGUCGGCCUGCUUGCAGUUUGCGCCAGAUGAUGGCUGAGCAAGACUCGGCCACCUUGGCUCUGAUAAACUACUACUGUCAAAAAAAUUACUUUAAUCAUAUCCAGAUUGCAGCUGAUGAAGGUAUCAAAAGAUAUGGCAAUGAUGCAGUGUUCCUGUUUUUUCAUGCGUAUGGGAUCCUUAUGGAAGAUCGUAUUCAAGAAGCUAUCCGUGAGCUUGAGGCUAUCAGGGAGAAGCAGGAUGUGUCCCUGUGCUCAAUAAUGGCUUUAAUCUACGCUCAUAAAAAAUGUUCAGCUCCGGAUCGUGAUGCCAUUCAAGAACUGGAUAGCAAACUCAAAGAGUAUCGAAAGACUGCAGGACCGAUGGCAUUGUACUUUGCGGGCCUCUUUCUUUGGCAUAUUGGGCGACAUGACAAAGCUCGUGAAUAUGUUGACAGAAUGAUUAAGAUCUCGAAUGGAUCAAGAAAGGGUCUGACUUUAAAAGGAUGGAUUGAUUUAACUAGUGGGAGAGAUGCAUAUGCUAAAAAGGCCAUCAAAUACCUUGAUGAAGGAAUCCAAGAUGGGAAUGAUGUAUUUGCUAUGAUGGGAAAAGCACAGUACUUUGAAAUGCGACAGAACUUCUCGGGGGCUUUGGAAGUGGUAAACCAAAUAAUAGUUCAUUUUCCUGGCUUCUUGCCUGCUUUUGUAAAGAAGAUGGAGUUGCAGCUAGCCUUGCAGGAUUGGGAACAGACAAUAGAGACAGUACACAGACUGUUGCAAAAGGAAAGUCAUAAUUUUGAAGCACUAAUGAUGCUGGCUCUACAUUUAUUAUGCAGAGAGGGAAAUAUUAAAGAGGCUGGCAAUAGACUUGGUGAUCUGAUCAGUGUGCUGGAUCGCUUUGAACCCCAUAAUCCUGAGAUUUUCUUUAAAGUGGCAUUGAUUUUCAGCCGGAUGUGUGGACGAAAUCAAGUUAUCCUUCAACAAACAUAUACCUUGAUUGAAAGAGCAUUCAACAUGUCUUCACAUAAUGCAGAGAUUGCAAAUGAACUUGGAUAUCAGAUGAUAUUGCAAGGAAAAAUAAAAGAAGCAAUACGAUGGUAUAAAACUGCAAUAUCACUGGAUGAAACAAGUAUUCCUGCAGUAACUGGUAUUAUAAGGUGUCAACUCAUCGAAGGUUACUUAGAAGAUGCAGAGCAACAAUUAGACUUUCUUAAUGAAAUUCAGCAAUCCAUUGGAAAAUCUGGGGAAUUGUCAUUCUUGUGUGCAAUUUUGGCAGUGAAAAAGCAUAAAGGACAAGAAGAAGUUAUUAAUUUGCUAAAUGAUGCUGUUGACACUCAUUUUUCAUCAUUACAUGGCCUACCACUUGGAAUUCAUUACUAUGAAAAAUUAAAUCCUGAUUUUUUAUUAGAAAUUAUUCAUGAAUAUCUUGCCUUCUGCCCCACGCAGCCUUCAUCUCCUGGUCAACCUCUUUCUCCAUUGCUGAAACAAUGCGCUUCAGUGCUGGAGACCAUAGUGAAGACUAUGCCAGGAUUAAUAGAAGCUGCCUUUUUCAUGGCCAGAGUCAAGUAUUUGGCAGGUGAUAUUGAUGCUGCCCAAAUCAACCUGCAACAUUGCUUAGAACAGAAUCCUUCAUUUGCUGAUGCCCAUCUCCUGAUGGCUCAAGUUCACUUAUCUCAGGAAAAUUUUAAACUUUGCUCCCAUUCCUUGGAAAUGUGUUUGAGUUAUAACUUUGAGGUUCGGGAACACCCUCUGUACCAUUUGAUUAAAGCCCAAACUCACAAAAAAAUGGGGGAUGUUCAGGAAGCUGUUAAAACCUUGCAGAUAGCUAAGGGCCUACCUGCAAUGAAGAAAACGGGAAGUGCAUCGAAAUCUAAAAGCAAAAUAGUUGAAUUUCCUGCAGCUGAUCGUGUUUCCAUUUUUCUGGAGUUAGCAGAUGCUCAUUGUAUGAACGGAGAACAGCAUGAAGCUGCUAAAGUGAUGCAAGAUGCCAUCAAUGAAUUUACAGGCACCUCUGAAGAACUGAGAGUUACAAUUGCUAAUGCAGACCUUGCUGUUGUACGUGGGGAUAUAGAACUAGCACUUAAUAUGCUUCGAAACGUCACACCUGAGCAACCAUAUUUUAUUCAAGCAAAGGAGAAAAUGGCAAACAUUUAUCUAAAUCAGAGGAAGGAUAAGCAGUUAUAUGUAAACUGCUACAGAGAUUUAACUGACAGACUGCCGGGACCUCAUACCUACCUUCUGUUGGGUGAUGCCUAUAUGAAUAUUCAAGAGCCAGAGAAGGCCAUUGAUAUUUAUGAACAAGCACUAAAGAAAAAUCCAAGGGAUGGAACUCUAGCUAGCAAGAUUGGAAAAGCUCUUAUUAAAACACAUAAUUAUGCUAAGGCAAUUAAUUAUUAUGAAACCGCACUAAAGACUGGCCAGCAGAAUUUUCUUCGGUAUGAUUUGGCCGAGCUCCUAUUUAAACUUCGGCAGUAUGAGAAAGCAGAAAAGAUUCUACUGCAGUCGUUGGAACAUGAUCAUGUAAGUGAUCUUCAGAUAUUGAUGGAAGAUGCCUGCUAUUUAAUGCUUCUAGCAAAAAUAUAUAGUAGGAAGAAGAAGACUGAUGAUGCCAUCCUUGCAUUGCAGAGGGCACGAGAGGUACAGGCUCAAGUUUUAAAACGAGUUCAUUUAGAACAGACUGAUGCAGUCCCUGCCCAAAAGCAACUUGCAGGGGAGAUUUGUGCUGAGAUAGCAAAGCAUGCCACAGAGCAGCGAGAAUAUGAAAAAGCUAUUAAGUUCUACAAAGAGGCCCUUGUCUACAAUGAUAAUGAUCACAAGGUGAUGCUGGAACUUGCUCGUUUGUAUCUUGCUCAAGACGAUAUUGAUGCUUGUCAACAUCAAUGUGCAAUCCUGUUGAAAAGUGACCAAGAUAAUGAUGCAGCUACCAUGAUGAUGGCUGAUUUGAUGUUCAGAAAGCAGGAUUUUGACCAAGCAGUAUUUCAUUUUCAACAACUUUUAGAGCGCAAACCAGAUAACUUUAUCACUUUAUCACGUUUGAUUGAUUUGUUGAGGAGAGCUGGAAAACUAGAAGAUGUUCCAAGGUUCCUUGAUAUGGCUGAAAAACACACUGCAAGACCUAAUUCUGAGCCUGGAUUUAAUUAUUGCAAAGGAUUAUACCUCUGGUACACUGGGGAGCCAAAUGAUGCACUCCGACACUUCAAUAAAGCUCGUAAGGAUAGUGACUGGGGGCAAAAUGCAGUUUAUAAUAUGAUAGAAAUCUGCAUGAAUCCAGAUAAUGACACUAUAGGAGGUGAAGUCUUUGAGAACCUGGAUGGAGAUGUGCGAAACUCAUCAGAAAAACAAGAGUCAGAGCAGUUGGCUGUCAUGACAGCGGAGAAACUUCUGAAAGAACUUAAACCUCAGACUACUCAAGGUUAUACCCAGCUACGGAUCAUGGAAAGCUGCUGCCUAAUGGCGACAAAGCAAAAAGCAAAUGUGGAACGGGCUCUUAACGUCUUCACUGAAAUAGCGACGGCUGAGAAGGACCACAUUCCUGCACUGUUUGGAAUGGCAACUGCAUACAUGAUUUUAAAGCAGACUCCUCGUGCAAGAAAUCAGCUGAAACGCCUUGCCAAAUUAAACUGGAAUGCAAUUGAUGCGGAAGAGUUAGAAAAGAGCUGGUUGCUUUUAGCUGAUGUUUACAUACAGUCUGGAAAAUUUGACAUGGCAGUUGAAUUACUUAAACGCUGCCUGCGCCACAAUAAGUCCUGUUGCAAAGCCUAUGAAUAUAUGGGUUACAUUAUGGAGAAAGAACAAUCUUAUAAAGAUGCAGCCUUUAAUUAUGAAAUGGCUUGGAAGUACUGUAACCAGACAAAUCCAACGAUUGGGUACAAGCUGGCUUUUAACUACUUGAAGGCAAAACGAUAUGUUGAUGCUAUUGACAUCUGUCAUAAGGUAUUAGGCGCCCAUCCCAAUUACCCAAAGAUGAGGAAAGAGAUCCUUGACAAGGCUCGGGCAGCUUUACGUUCUUAGUAUUGACAUUAUUUCCUUAAAGUUAUGGAUGCAUAUAUUUGAUAUGUUAAUCUUGUACAAAUUGUAAAAUUUUCAAAAUUUAGAUUUUCAUUAUUUUAUAGUUCAGAAACAGUUUGUAUUGUAUCUGUUUUCUAUAGCAAUGUUUUCUUUUUUAUAUUGGUACUUUAAAAAAAGGUACGCAUAACCACAAAAUUUCCUGCCCCAUCCUCUCUAUACACCUUUUUUUGUGAUUUUCUUAGAGUUAGUCUUUCAAGCCCCAAAAUUUGUAAUCAGUGUUUGAUCCUGUUGUUGAUCAUAAUUUAUAUAUUUUGAACACAAAUUAAUCAAUCUGUAAUGUUAGUAUUUUGUGUCUUGAACAUUUGAUAAAAAGGGUCAAUCUAUACUGAAAAAGUUAAACUCCAAAGAAUAUAUGUUGCGUAUCACUGUUAAAUAAAUGUUAAAUCCAAGACUAGAAACUAAAAUAUCUGUUUUAACGUUCUUGUGUUUGUCAGUUAAUUUUGCAGUAUAUGCAUCUGGGAUGUGGAGGGGGCUGGAAGAAUCCUUUCUCCACACCAUGUAAGUUGGUUAAAUUAGGUGAUACAUAGUUUGUAUAAAAGCUGCCAAAAUUUUUCUAUUUCAAAAAACAAUACAUGGUUUUUCAAACGUUCAAAAAUGAUUGUGGGUUUUCAAAAGAUAAAGAAUCUUAAGUUAUGAUUAUUAAAAAUAACAAAACAGAAACAAUGCAAAGUAUUUCGAUAAUUUAGAUCUUUUGCAGAAAUUCCAUUUUCGAUAGCCAAUUCCUCUUGAUGAGUUUGUUUAGUGCAAGAGACAAACUGUGAACAUUACAAAGAGGGAACAAUUGUUAAGAUUUCAUGAAUGA